GCUGGCGGAGGCAGGAGCGCAGAGGCUUGGGGCAGCCGGGCUGCGGGGAGGCCGCGCGCGAGGCACGGAGCCGGCGGCGGCGCGGCAGACGGGCCAGCGGACUCAACGGCCAGGGCCUCCGCACUGGGAUCUGAGCUUCGUUCUUUCCCUCCCAGGGGUUUAACCCCUCUCGUUUUUUUCCCUUGAACAUUGUUUUAAAAAAAAAACUGUAUUGUUUCCCAUUUUAAUUUAUUUUUUGCCCCCUAUCCCCCACUUGAAAUCGGGCCGACGCUUUGGGGAGAUCGCUCCUUUGCUCCUCCAAAUCACUUCGGAUUUUGGAAAGCAGCCGAGAAAAGAGAGGGGCGGCGAGAGCCCCAGAGAGAAGUCGAGGAAGAGCGAGAGCGCGCCGCGGCCGGAGCGAGCCGCGCGGGGCACGGGGCGCAGCCAGUGACCUGCUUUCGGGUGACCGCCGAACGCGGCGUGCGGGGCGCCCUCCCGGGACCGCGUGGUCCCAGGCAGCGCCCAUGGCAGAAGGAGAGCAGAAGCCCCGUGAAGUGGUGAAGUUCAUGGAUGUCUACAAGCGUAGCUUCUGCCGUCCGAUCGAGACGCUGGUGGACAUCUUCCAGGAGUACCCUGAUGAGAUUGAGUACAUCUUCAAGCCAUCCUGUGUGCCCCUCAUGCGGUGUGGGGGCUGCUGUAACGAUGAGGGUCUGGAGUGUGUGCCCACCGAGGAGUUCAACAUCACCAUGCAGAUCAUGCGGAUCAAACCCCACCAGGGGCAGCAUAUCGGGGAGAUGAGUUUCCUCCAGCAUAGCAAAUGUGACUGCAGACCAAAGAAAGAAAAAGCAAAACAGGAAAAUCCCUGUGGGCCUUGCUCAGAGCGGAGAAAGCAUUUGUUUGUACAAGAUCCGCAGACGUGUAAAUGCUCCUGCAGAAACACAGACUCGCGUUGCAAGGCGAGGCAGCUUGAGUUAAACGAACGUACUUGCAGGUGCCCCAGGAUGGGGACCGGCGGGCCCAGCAUUAGACUGUGGACUCCGAAGCCCAGGCCUGGCUUGCUAACUUUGGAACCUCCAGGUGUCUGUACCUCGGUCCUUUGUCCAUGUGAGGCCCAAGGAGAUGUGACAAGCCGAGGCGGUGAGCCAGGCUGGAGGAAAGAGCCUCCCUCGGGGUUUCGGGAAGCAAACCUCUCGCCAGGGAAGAUGGAUGCAGAAUGACCGAGACUCACCACGCCGCCGCCACACACCAUCACAUCGACAGAACAGUCCUUAAUCCAGAAACCUGAAAUGAAGGAGGAGGAGACUGCGCAGAGCACUUUGGGUCCGGAGGGCGAGGCUCCGGCAGAAGCAUUCCCGGGCGGGUGACCAAGCACGGUCCCUCUAGGAAUUGGAUUCGUCAUUUUUAUUUUUCUUGCUGCUAAAUCGCCGAGCCCGGAAGAUUAGAGAGUUUUAUUUCUGGGAUUCCUGUAGACACACCCACCCACAUACAUACAUUUAUAUAUAUAUAUAUUAUAUAUAUAAAAAUAAAUAUAUAUAUUUUAUAUAUAUAAAAUAUAUAUAUUCUUUUUUUAAAUUAACUUUGCUAAUGUUAUUGGUGUCUUCACUGGAUGUAUUUGACUGCUGUGGACUUGAGCUGGGAGAAUGUCCCUCCCAGAACGUGACAGGGAAGAGGAUGGGGUGAGAGACCCUGGUGAGACCGUGUUGUCCCUUCUAGGGAGGCCAGGGUCCUCUCCCCUGCCCGGGAACGUGCAAAGCCAGGGCACGGGGGGCAAAUCUGGCUCACUUCCGGGAACACCGACAAACCCAGCCCUGGCUUCCCUGAGUCACACGGACAGAGACAGAUGACAGGUACGGGGAUGAGGACACCGGCUCAGACGGGAGUCGGAAGCCUCAGGACACAGAGGGCUUGCGGACCCCUGCCACAUGCUACCUGGAAGAGUCGGAGCCUGGCAGCCUUCACCUGAGCUCACCUGCUUCUGGGUCACCCUGGAGGCCAUGGACGGGUGUCCUUGUGAAGGAGAGGGACAGUAGUAGAAGAUGCGCUGGGUGAUGGCUCUCCCGGGGCCCCUCAUCCUCUUCCUCCCCUCCUCCCCCUCCCCGUGCAGCCCAGGAGGGCGCUGAGUCCUCAGACCAUGGAAACCACUAGUUCUGUCCCCCAGGAGACCUGGCUGUGUGUGAGUGGUUGUCCCUUCUGUCCCAUCCCCUCCCUCCCCUCCCCUCCCCGAGGCACAGAGAGAAGGGCAGGAUCCAUAUGCCCACCACGGAGACAGAGAAAAGAGAAAGUGUUUUAUAUACGGUACUUAUUUAAUAUCUCUUUUUAAUUAGAAAUUAAAACAGUUAAUUUAAUUAAAGAGUAGGGUUUUUUUUUUUCAGUAUUCUUGGUUAAUAUUUAAUUUCAACUAUUUAUGAGAUGUAUCUGUCCCUCUUUCUUGCUCUCUUAUUUGUACUGGUUUUUGUGUAUAAAAUCCGUAUUUCCAAUCUCUCUCUGCUUGGUGACAGUCACUGGCUUGUCCCGAACAGGUAUUUAAUUUGCUAACACUCAGCUCUGCCUUCCCCAGUCCCCUGGCUCCCCACCACACAUUCCUUUGAAAUAAGGUUUCAAUAUACAUCUACAUACUAUAUAUAUAUUUGGCAACUUGUGUUUGUGUGUAUAUAUAUACAUAUAUAUAUAUAUGUUUAUGUAUAUAUGUGAUUCUGAUAAAAUAGACAUUGCUAUUCUGUUUUUUAUAUGUAAAAACAAAACAAGAAAAAAUAGAGAAUUCUACAUACUAAAUCUCUCUCCUUUUUUAAUUUUAAUAUUUGUUAUCAUUUAUUUAUUGGUGCUACUGUUUAUCCGUAAUAAUUGUGGGGGAAAAAGAUAUUAACAUCACGUCUUUUGUCUCUAGUGCAGUUUUUUUCCGGAUAUUCCGUAGUACAUAUUUAUUUUUAAACAACAACAAAGAAAUACAGCUAUAUCUUUAAAAAAAAAAAAAAAGCAUUUUGUAUUAAAGAAUUUAAUUCUGAUCUCAAA